AUGUCAAGGCACAGACAAUUCAAACUACCUCGGGCUCCAGAAAACCAAAAUGGUGCGAUUCAAUCUCAACUACACGAAUCCCCACUUCCGAAAACCUCCACAACUUCCCGGACACGGGAAGAAGAAAAUCAGUCAUUUGUCAAACUUGGGGAGCCUGUGCAAUCAGUUGUCGAGCAAGAUACCAAUUUGCCUGGACAGUAUAUAGACCCCCAAACACAUCAGCCAAUCGCUUGCAGCACUAUUAUUCCUCCAGACCUGCUUUAUCCGAUCCAGCAAGAUCAGAUGGGUGUCGAUCAACAAGCCCCACUGUCUAAUUACAUGUCUGAUCGCACAGUUUCUACCGAGUCGGAGCAAUACACUAAUCCGACCUCAGUUUGGGAGCAUGAUAAUUCGAAGCACAUAGUGAAAGGAACGCAAGAAAAUUUGAAGCUAGUAAUUAGAAGAAAUGACGGCGGAGAGCUUUUGACCACUGAUAAAUUGCAUGAUGUGCAUUAUGAGCUUGAUAAAAUUCCAAAACAAAGACAGUUCAAACUUCCUCCUGCUCCAAAUUAUCAAAACAAAUCUUCUUUGCUCUCCAAUCACCAGAUGAUUUCUGAUAAUGGAAAGGUGACAUCAGAAGCCGAUAUAGGAUGUCAAUCACAUUUUCCACAGAAUCAAUAUAAAAAUGUAGCCCAUCAACAAUCUGCCGAUUUCCACCACUCUUCCCAGCGGAAGCAAAACAUCAGCUCCGACUUCAUCUGUCGAAAUGAGAAUUCAGAACUUACACUGAUGGCAAACUCGGAAUUUCCAGAUCUGACAAGUUAUGGAACAUCGUCUGGAAAUCCUCAAAAUGCAGUGGAGCAUAACAACGUUUCGAAGCAUCGACAGUUCAAACUUCCUCCUGCUGGAAACUACUCAAACAAGACACAAUCGAACGGGCCCUCUGGAAUUGAGAGCGUUUUACCGGGAAAUAAUAAUGGACAGUCGUUUUCUGAUGCACCAGUUUCUAGUCAACAAUGUCAUUACCCGAGUGUGGAUGACUACCUAGAAGUACAAGAAACAUUUGCUAGCAGCAACUGGAAUCCACCGGAGACUGCUCAUUUCGACUCCCUUUGCGAAGAUAAUGUUUCGAGACCUAUUCUACCAGAAUCCGUGACAGAAUUCAACGCAAGCCCAUACUACCAACAAUACAAGAAUCUACUGAUAUGUAGUCAUCAAGACAAUUUUAUAGAGGAAGACGUCAACCAGAACGUACAGGCAGAUUUUGUCGAAAUUCAAAAAAGGGUUACGGAGGAUGGUCAGACGUUUUCAGAAUCAACACAUGCCAUCGAGUCUGUAUCGGACUUCAUUUGGGAAAAUGACGGCUCCGGGACUACACUGACUACAGUGCCAGAAAAUUUGGAGCUCCAGAAUCCGACAGACGAUGGAAAAAACGAAGGAUCUUUAUUUAUUGAUGAGCGACAAGACGUGUCGGAGUUCAACAAAGUCCCUGAGAAAGUUCGGCAGUUCAGUCUUCCUUCAUCCGGGAAUUUUUUAAAUAGCGAAAUCACGGAGCACAUACACAGCUCCUCCGUGUUUACUAAUUCCGAAAACGUCGGUUCGAGAUCCAUAAGCAGAGAAGAUGAGACGGAAUCUAACAAAAACAAGGAACACCGACAAUUUUCUCUACCUCGUGCUCCAAACUACGUGAAUAGCGUUGAUAAAUACAGAACAGUUCUAACUGCAAAGCAGCAUGCGUUUCCAGAAAGUUCUUAUGUGUUCACCGAUCACCAAUCAACUUUUUCUGGAACUGACGUCGACCCGACUCAACCUAUCCUGCAUGAAAACCAAUAUCAAAUGAUUGUCGACGAAGAACUUGGCUACCAUCACCACCAACAAGAUGAAACGGUGCAAGCCACUGAAUGCGAAUUCAUUUGGAACAACGAUGUCCUGGAGACCACGGAUAGAGGGGAAGUGACGGACUACAGUUCUGAGUAUAAACAGUUUGACCCUCCUCCUGUGGAAAACUAUGUGGACUAUGGAAUCCAGGAGCAUCAAAACAUAACACCACACAGCUCUUCUGCGCUUUCCAUCACUGUUUCAACUUUCGAUAACAAAGAUACCAAUUCAGAAGUGUCGUCCGAAGCUCAAAAUAUUGAUCCGGAUGAAUUACAAAGCUUUGCCAACACUGAAGUCCAAUGUCAAUCUAGUUUCAUACCGUUUGAUAAUCAAAAUCAACUGGAUGGCGACAUGCGUAUUCAAUCUGGUCAAUGCAUUGCUCAAAACUGCUCAGGAUUAGACUAUCAACAUCAUAUCUCGUCUCAAGAGAAUUUCCACCGGGAUACCCUUGUAUUAGAACAAACAUCUGAGAACUCUGUAGUCUAUCCUGAAACUCACGAUCAAAUUCAAGACUCUCCCGGAUUAAUAUUUAAAGAACAUCAUCACAAAACUACCGAACAGAUGCCUGGAGUCAGCUCAAACUCUCUUUGGGAGAGUACCAGUCUAGAAUCUCUGAACGGAGAGAACUUAACUCAAUCAAACGAAACCUUGGAAUUGCAAAUUUUACGUGCAAAAAACUUCGAGAAGAAUGCAGAUGAUCUACCAAACACAGCUUCUACAAUCGAUAAUCUUUUGUCUGCUGUUGAUAACGAGCAGUUGUCUUCAGAUGAACCCCCAUCACAUUGCGAGACAGGUGGCAGUCAAGAUCGACUUCAAAAAAAUCAAGCUUCACCACAAGAAUCCUCUGACCUACUGGGCGAUCAAGACCUUGAGAAUUCAGAUGAAAUAUCCAAGCUCGAGAAAGCAAUGUUUUCGAAGCUCUGGGCACGCUACAGCCGACGUAAACGUGUCUUGAUCCCUUGCUCUUUAACAGAGAAAGUACCAUUACCUACAGUGAAUGCAGUGCCCGAUAGUUUUGAACUCCACGAUCCAUUAGAAGACAGUUUUGAUGUCGUACUUUCAAGAACAUGCAGCAGUGAAGAUGGUUUACGUACCUAUCAUGUCACCACCGAAGAAGUCAAUCGGCGUAUCAACGGCGUCGAAAAACUGAACAACUCCAAUUUAGCUUUAACAUUGAGAAAACAGAAAUCCAAGAGUUGUGGAGAGACUAUACGCAAGAAGUUGAAAGAGAAAGGGAUUUAUGCUGAUCUGAAUUCUAAGCAGAAUGUGUCUCCCAAUAAAAUAUUAGUAAUGUCAGAAGCUGAAGGAGUUCAUUUGGUAAUGGAUCUGGACGAUAUAGUCAGGGGAUCUUAUCCGGCUGAUGAUAUUGCUAAUGAAAUUGUUCAAGAGGCGAUGAUGGAUGAAUCAGUGAAUUUGGAUAGUUUUAUGGAUGUGGAGGCGUUCAGUGAAUGCAUGAGAUCACUUCGCGACACCGUGGAAUCGGUCGUCCCACCAAUCACUGGAAUUCUCCCAAAAGCUUCAAACAAUAAAGACUUGAACUUGGUAAUGGAGGAGUUUUCGGAAGCCACUCAUGGAAUAGGAAUUGUCACUCAACCCACAUGGAUUUAUGCGUUGACUGAAAUUGGAAAAGGAGUGACUACGUUAGUCAGAGAAGAAUUGGAGAGAAGCAAUGAAGACAAUGAGAGAGAGGGUGAAAACUGUCAGACAGCAGAGUAA